UUCUGGACACACAAGAUUGAUCUUUCCAACCCGAUAAUUCAACAGACCAGCACCCAUAAGUCACAGCUUCACGAAUGAAUGACGGACACUGUUGACAACACCAUCACAUCCCCGCCUCUCAAGAGGAGGAAACUCUCCGGUACCAUGUCCUCCCCAACGCCUUCCUUAAAGCCAAGUGCACUGGAUCGCACUCAAUCACUCCGGAAACCAAUGAGCACCGCGGGACUGAUGAAGGAUACUACCAUUACCGCCGCAGUUGUCAGCAACAAUAAGCUCGCCGAAACCAACAACGCCGAAACCGGUAUCAAGAAGCACAGCAGUAUCAGGAAUUUCUGCCACCGCGUUCUCAAAAACUGCCCCAGAGAUAGCAACGACAGGAGGGACGCCCAAAGCAGUGACUGGAACCGGACUAAGGUCAUCACCAGCGCACAAACGGCAAAACUCAGCAUCUUCAGUUUCUACUACCAAUAUCGCGACCACCACAGGAACAACGGAAAGGACAGCGCAACCACCACAACCGCCGUCACCAAAUCCCCUCCCUUGCGCCAGCCAAUCACGGCACCCUCAGCCGCCGCGACCAGGAACGUUGUCAAACUAAAGCCCAAACCCCAUAUACCCGAACCUCUUGCGUCUUCGACAUCCUCCCUCGCCGCCCCCCAGCAGCAGCAGCAGCCCCGUCAUAACUUCGACACGUACCAACAACACUACACUCCGGCCCAGAUCCCGCUCUUGCCCAAGCCACUGACAUCUUCCUUCCUCGCUCCUCCCACGCCCUCCAAGCAGCCGGCAAACGUUGCUCUCUCCGCCGAGAUUUCUCGGCUACAGACGGAACUGUUGCAGUCGCACUUGCUACAUCAGGAGGCGAAGCGGGUAAAGGAGGAGUGGGAGGAAGAUGCUAGGGGGAAGUUGCAGGAAAUGUGGGAGAGGGUGAGGGCGGAGGAGAGAACGGUUGGGGAGAUGGAGGGGAAGGAGGGGGAGGAGGGGGUUGUGGAGGGCUUGCUUGCUAUGGCUGGGUUUGGGGGAACAUUGGACCAGACAAAACUACAGGCGUUGGAUGAAGUGAUUUCGGGGGUGUGGGCUAUGAGCGACCUUUCGUCUCCGUCUUCUUCAUCGGGUGUUACCAUUGGGAAGUACACGCGUGUGGUGCGCGCCUUUGAGGUGUGGGCUGGAAGGGCGGGGAGGAUAUUGGAGGAACGGAGAAGAAGCGCAGCGGAUAAUGAAGAUGGCCGGGAUGGGGCGUUGAUGCUAGAUGCGAAUGGGGAGGUGGAAAUGAUCGGGGGUAUGGAUCUUGAAUGGAAGAAUGAGUGCGUUGCGCUCGGGAGGCGGUUGGAGAAGUGGCGGAGGAUGUUGGGGGAGCUGGGCGGAGUGUCGUCGAAGGCCAACUAUGGGUCUUCUUUUCGGUCAUCGCGACCAAUAAAAGGGGUUGAAGCUAUUGAGAGGGAAGCGGACAAGGGAGAGGAAGGAGAAGAUGACGAGUCGCCUCUGGUCAGGACGCUUAGCAGAUUCGGAAGUUUGGUGGAUAACAUGCUCGCUGAGUUACAAAUCAUGGCGCAGAUUGAAAGGGAAGCCGUGGCGGAGGAGAUUGAGUGGGUGCGUAGACUAAAUAGGGUCGAUGAUGAGAAGGAGGGAGAGGAGAUCAUGGGGAAGCGAGCGACAGCUAUUUGGAGGGUUAUUUGAUGGGUGAUGAUUUGUCGGUUCACGACUUGCAUGAAAGGAGUACGAAAUCAGGAAAUCAGGGGGGAGGCACUAUGGAUGUUUUAUGGUUACCUGCAA